UGGGGGCGGGGGUCAGGAGGCCCGGGCAGAGACAGGAGCUGGGAGACUCUUGGCACCGCCACGAAACCAGCGGCCAAGAUGAGCCACUGGUCACAGAGCGAGGACAGAAGAUGCAGCGACCUUGGCCAUGGAGCAGCCGGCCGGCCUGCAGGUGGACUACGUCUUCCGGGGCGUGGAGCACGCUGUCCGGGUGGUAGUUUCUGGGCAGGUGCUGGAGCUGGAGGUGGAGGACCGGAUGACGGCCGACCAGUGGCGGGGCGAGUUUGAUGCCAACUUCAUUGAAGAUUUGACUCACAAGACAGGAAACUUCAAACAGUUCAGCAUCUUCUGUAACAUGCUGGAGUCGGCCCUCACCCAGAGCAGUGAGUCAGUCACCCUGGACCUGCUCACCUACACGGACCUGGAGUCCCUGCGGAGCCGCAAGAUGGGGGGCCGUCCGGGCCCCUUGGCCCCACGAUCGGCCCAGCUCAACUCCAAGCGCUACCUGAUCCUCAUCUACUCCGUGGAGUUUGACAGGAUUCACUACCCGCUGCCCCUCCCGUACCAGGGCAAACCGGACCCCGUGGUCCUGCAGGGCAUCAUCCGCUCACUGAAGGAGGAGCUGGGCCGCCUUCGAGGGCUCGAUGGCCAGGACGCUCGGGACCCCAGCAGUGAGAUCUGGCACCUGCGGGAGCAGGUGUCGCGCCUGACGUCCGAGAAGCGCGAGCUGGAGGUGCAGCUGGGCCGGUCGCGCGAGGAGGCGCUGGCCGGGCGGGCGGCGCGCCAGGAGGCCGAGGCGCUGCGCGGGCUCGUGCGCGGCCUGGAGCUGGAGCUGCGGCAGGAGCGCGGCCUCGGGCACCGCACGGCGACCCGCCGCAGCCAGGACUGCCGCCGCCUGGCCAAGGAGCUGGAGGAGGUGAAGGCUUCCGAGCGGAGUCUGCGCAUGCGGCUGAAGACGCUGAACAGCGAGCUGGCCCUGUACCGGCGGGGGAGGCGGACUCCGCCUGUGGUCCCGCCCCCAGCCCGGGAGGACCAGGCCUUGUCGUCCCGGGAACGCUCUACGUCGCGGGGCCGCGGCGCCACCCGCUCCUCGUCCCGGGAGAGCGGCCGGGGGGGCCGGGGUCGGGGCCGCCCCGCCCGCCCCUCGCCCUCGCCCACAGGUGGUCGCGCGCCCCGUUUCGACCCCACUGCCUUCGUGAAAGCCAAGGAGAAGAAGCAAAAGGAGAUCAAGAUGAAGCAGCAGCAGCAGCGGAACCGAUUGGGCAGCGGAGGCAGCGGGGAUGGCCCUUCGAUCUCCUGGUCGCGCCAGACCCGGCCUCCCGCCGCCGUGACCGGCAGAGGGGACGCCGCUAACCGCUCCCGAAACCGCAGCUCCUCGGUGGACAGUUUCCGCAGCCGCUGCUCGUCCGCCAGCUCCUGCAGCGAGUACGAAGAUUUCUCAGAGUCACUCUCCAGAGGCGUUCGUCGCCGUCGGAAGCCGUCCAGCCCCACCGCCUGGAGUGGGUCCAAGACACAGAAGUCCACUCCCCUGGAACGCGGCCACCACCAGAGACACCUGGCCAAUUCGGGGGGCUGGGUCCCCAUGAAAGAGUACAGCUCUGACCACCAGGCGGCUGACAUGGCCGAAAUAGAUGCGCGCCUGAAGGCCUUGCAGGAAUACAUGAACCGACUGGACAUGAGGUCGUGACCUUGAAGGUGGGAGGGGUUCUGCCCCUCCAUCCCCCUCCCGCCCCACUCAUGUGGGGCAUGGGGCUGGGGCUGGGGCCAGGGUGGCCUCCAGGCCCCCGCCUGCCCCACCCAACCUGGAUGGUGCUCCUGGGGUGUCGGGUGUGUGAGGCCUUGACCCCCAGGCAAUGCAUGCUGGGAAGGAGGGUGUGUGCAUUUUGUAAAUAAACAUAUUUUAUCCUUGGUA